AUGAAGAAAAUGAGGCAGACUCACCCGGUCAUCUACAGUAAAUCACCACACAGGAGAGGAGACUCAGAGAUCCUGAUGAGACCAACUGCCGCAUUCUUUGCUGCCUCCAUUGGCGAUUUCGCUCCCUUGGCUGCGUUGUGUCCAGUCAUGCCGCCUUUCACUCCUUCACGUGCAGCCAUGGCAGCCAUAGGGACCAAGCUGGCAGCUAGCGCCACCUCUCCUCCUACAAAAGCUGCAACCGCUGACGACCCAGAGGCUAGCAGUGGGAUUCUUUUCUCUCCUGGACUCUUCACAGCUCUUUUAACAUGCUCAACAAGGCCAAAAAAAGCCCCCAGCAAAGCCCCAGUCGCCACACCUGCCAGGACGACCAAAAACUCAUUCAACACAGAGGCUCUGGCCUGUUUUCUGACCUCCAGUGCAAACCUCAUUGGUGUAAUACUGUCCGCUCCUUGCUGCCACCAUCUCGUCUACUGUUUGGAGCAAGGCCUCCAGCUGGAACUGGUUGCUCCUGUAGUUAUUCUGCUGUGUGUUUUGCCAGUAUUUAUUAUCGAAGACGUGACACCGGCCGCCGCACCUCUUCACCAGGCUGCUCAGGUUGUCAUUCUGACUGACAAACUCCUCGAUUUUCACCCCUUUGGGCAGCUGGUCACCAUGAUAUUUGUCAACCCGAAGGACAAUGAGAAAAGCGUGAGGCCCCGGCGCACACUCUGUGAUGCAGCUCAUGAUCUCAGCCUUCAUCUCAUCCUCCGACCUCCCGCUGUCAAAAAAACCAGGGGUGUCAAUCAAACCUCGUCGUCACCGGGGUGUAUGACAAUUCGAACCAGAAGCGGCGAGCUGCUGGCUCUGUCCUGUUCAAAUCCAGAAACUUCCUCCAGCAGCACUCUGGCCACCACCGUGUCAGGAAAACGCAGGGCUAGUCCAGCCCCUAGCAAAGGAAAGGCAACAGAUCCAAACCCUCUCUGA